AUGGGAUUCCUGAACAAACUGGUAAUAACGGUGAAGAAGCCCACAAAGAGAUCCAAGCAGAUGUGUAUGCACAUACGCAGAAUGUUAGAACCCAAUGUCACGUCAAAGCUUAGAGAUAAGAAUACGACUGUGAGGUCAUAUCUGGAUGUUGCUGAUAUACUUGAACUGUCUCACUUUAUUCUAGUGGAUGCAAGGGACAUCAAGAUUGGAGUUAGACCAAAAGGACCGACAUAUGUAUUCAAUGUAAUUGAUUACAAUCCAAAGUACGUUAUGGUGGGUAGUGAGUAUUACAAAGACGAUCCUUGCAUAACAUUUACUGGAGAGAGUGAUACCAAGGAGCUGUUUAUGUCCUUGUCCUCCCAACCGAAGACAUUCAAAAGAAACCUACACUUCUAUUUCGAUGGAGACCUUAUCCAUGUAAGACACUAUGCUAUUGUUACAAAGGAGGAAGAAGAUAUAAAAGUUGGAUUCAAUGAAAUAGGGCCUAGAAUCACAAUGAAGCUUAUCAAGAAGAUGGAUGGGUUUUUUGAAUAG